CUCCCCCACUUCCUCUCACACCAUCCACUCUCCCCACUGCUUCCUCCCUCAGCCAGUCCUUCCUCGACCUACAGCACGCAGCCUACCCAACCCCAUACGCAAUGAAGUUCUUCCACAUUGCCUCGGUCUGCCUCGCGGCAACCGCCGCGCCGCGCCUUGCGCGGGCAGCUACGAACUUCGACAACCUCCUGUCGCUCGUCUCUCAGCUGCAAGAGGAGGUCAUGCUGCUCUCCACCGAGUACGGCGCCAAAGACGACGAGAUCGCGUCGCUCGUCACCCAGCUGACGACGUGCGAGCAGAGCACCACCACCACCAGCAGCGAUGACUUAUCUCAAGACGAAAGUGACGACUCCACACCGUCCCCUGAACCGUCACCUACGCCCGAGCCCGAGCCUCAGCCAGAGCCAACACCAUCACCCGAGUCGAUGUCUGAGCCAGCGCCGACCCCAACAGAAGCGCCUGGGUCGCCCGAACCCGGUUCCGGCGGAGGGUUCACCUUCUCACGCGACAACAGCUGGAACUACAAUUUGGUGACACCCGUCGACACAUCCGCGGACGUCGACGUCUUCUUCAUCGACAUGGACGCCGGCCAGGCCGUCAUCGACGAGCUACACGGCAAGGGCAAAGGCGUGGUUUGCUACAUCUCCAUCGGCACGGUCGAGGACUGGCGUGACGACGCGAAGGAAUUCCCGUCCUCGGCGAUCGGUGGGGACGUCUCCGGAUGGGCGGGCGAAAAGUGGGUCGACGUGAACGACGAGGAUGUUCGUGAGAUCAUGACCGCGCGAGUGGAGAUGGCGUCCAGCAUGAACUGCGACGCUGUGGAACCUGACAACAUGAUGGUUUACAUCGAGGGUUCCUCGACUGGCGUCAGUGUGUCCGAACCGCAACAGAUCGAGUACAACUCCUGGUUCGCUGACAUCGUUCACGCGUACGGCAUGGGGGUCGGUCUUAAGAACGCGGUGGAGUUGGUCCCAAUCCUCGUCAACAAGUUCGACUUCGCGCUGAACGAGGAGUGCCACGAGUGGAACGAGUGCGUUGUUUACGAGGAUACCUUCCUUGCAGAGGGCAAGCCCGUGUUCAACGUCGAGUACAACUUGGGCAAGUCCGUCUGCGACGAGGCGAACGCCCUCGGCCUUGACACCAUCCUGAAGAGCUACGAUUUGGACGCGGCUUUCUGCAGCUGCGUUGAUCCAUCCAGGGACGUGGACUGCAUGCACUAA